AUGCUGUGCCACCACACGACGAUUCCUUGCCGGUCGAUGCCAGCUCUGCAAUACAUGCAGCCGGGGGCACGAGCCAGGGGCGUCUUAACCGCAAAUUCGCAGAGCGAGGCUCAAAGGGGGAAUCUGCGCGCGGCAUCAGCCAGCAGGCCUACGUCUGCGCCAACUGCCUUUGUUCAACGCCAAGAAUCUCAGCGCAAGACUCCCAGAGGCGCCACACAAGCCAUGGCGAUGCGCUCCGCUCAACCAAGCCUUGAUGACAGUGUGGGGUACACACCAUCUCGUGGUAAGGAGGGCGGACCAUCCCGAGAGGUCAGCAGAUAA